UGUAGUUUUGUUUAGUUGGAGCGGGCCGAACGCAUUUCGGCCUAUCAGCGUUAAGUGCGGUCGAUCAGCUUCCUCUUUGUCGCAGAAUGUCCAAAUAAUAGCUUAACGACCGUAUGUCUGCCUUACGACAUGUUAGUUGGGUACAGUAGCAGUUCCGAAGAAGAAGAAGAAGAAGAAGAAAAAGGAAAUAUAAAAGGCGAAAAACGAAAACGACAGCGCAGUGAAACUGAUUACCCUUCCAGUUUUUGUAAAAAGGUUAAACCUACUACGGGCUCUGAAGACCACAGCCAACCCCAAUCAGAGGAUGGAAUCUGUAUCGAAGAGACUCCUCCCCUUCACCAAAAGCCCCGCCUACCCCUGCCAGAGAGUGUGCUGGAGAUGUUUCCAGAGGAGAAGGUGACAGAGGACAGCUCACUACACGGCGGUCGAGUGCGCUCCUUCCAGCAUGAGCGAGGGAACUGGGCUACAUAUGUGUACCUGCCUUAUCAUCCUGAGGAUGGCUUUUUGGAGCUGCUGGAAGAGAUGUCCCGGCUUACAACUACCCACGGGUUCCAGCUGUCGUGUUCCACUGAGUUCCACCUCAGCCUGUCCCAGACAGUCGUGCUCCCUCACCAUUGGAUCCAGCCCUUUGUGAUGUCCCUCCAGACGGGCUUGGCCCAAUGUUCCCGGUUCAGCUGUAUUGCGAGCCAGCUGAAGGUCUACAGCAACCAGGAGAAGACAAGAACCUUUCUUGCACUGGAGGUUUCCACGGGACACGCUCAGCUGCUGGAACUGGUUAGAGUCGUGGACAAAACGAUGGAGGAGUUUAAUCUCAGUACCUUCUACCAGAAACCUUCCUUCCACAUCAGCCUGGCCUGGUGUGUGGGUGACCAGUCGGACAGGCUGCGUGCUGAGUGUCUGCCGCAGCUCCAGAGUCUCCUGGACUCCCAUGAAGAUGCCGUCUUCCCACUGAGGCUCACUUGCCAGCAGCUCCGCUGUAAGGCUGGAAACAAGAUGUUCUGCUUUCAGCUGUGCUGAGCUGGACUGCCUUGCCUCGCCAGAAGAACUAACAUCAGUCAUCAUUAUGCCAUCCUUGACUCAAGAUUAUUUAGGCUAUGGCUGGUAAAUCAUCAUCUUAGAGUGAUGAUACACAGGGCAACUGUCUGAGCAUUGUUGCUCUGGCACGUUCCCGUCCAUAUCAACAAAUUUCUAUUUGAAAAACUCUGGGAGUGGGCAACUUUUUGUAAUUGCCCAGAUCCAGACGAGUUGCCCGUUGACUCACCUGUUUGGUAAUUACCUGUUACAUUGUACAAAAAGUUGCCCUGUGUAUCGUCACCUUUAGUCUAUCUAUGCCCGGCGAUGGACUGGCUGGAUAUCAUGGCUGUACUCCAUUAUUGUGCCCUGUGUUGCCUGAAAUGAAAUUCCCAGAGUCCCUGUAUUCCUGACCCGGAUAGAUGGAUGGAUGGAUAAAUAUUUUGUAAACAUACUUUUAAAAUACUGGUUAUAAAUGGCAUGAGUUUGUAAAAGAUAGGAAAAUACACUGCUGUCACCAUUAAUUCGAAGUAAACAGGUUUCUGAUAAAUA